AUGGAUUCUUUCUCACGACUGCCGCCGGAAAUCCGAAGGAACAUCAUUGUUCAAGUCGAGUCAUAUUCCACCAUCUUGAAGCUCAUUCGCGCGUCUCCCACGAUGCUAUGGCAGUAUACAACAGACCGUCACGGUAUCGCACGAGAGAUCCUCAAGCCGAUAUUAGCUUUGGAUGUUGCCGGUACCAUCCCACAGGAUGCUCUCAUCGUCGCCCACACUUGCAAUAAUGAUACCGCCGCCGGCACCGGCAAUAACCUCGGCGGCUUGCUGGAACGAGAUCUACCCGACCCGGUAGCGAAGAAGGACAGAGACAUGACAAUGAAGCUCUACCGCGUAAUAUCUUUCGCUAUCUGCUGA